UUUACAUUUCAUCUGUUCUAUUCCAAGUAUAGAGUAUAAUACCGGAUUAAAUUGACUUUACUUCCUGAACCAAUUCCCAAACAAAUACUUAAGUGACUUAAAAUAUUGUCUCAGUUUGAAAUGGGUAUAUUACUUAACGUGGAAUAGUAAAAAAAAGAAAUGCUGACUAAUGAAGUAUGAUUCCUUGGCAAGUGGAUAAAGGUGAAAAGUAAAGAGACUAAUUUUGUCACUGUCCUUUUGCAUAAAAUAAUAAUUAGCCAACAGGCAAAAUAUCUGAAAAGUACUGUGGUAGCAACUUAUACUUGCAGCUUCUGUUGCAAAAUUGUCCUAGGAUUAUUUGGACUAUGUUAAUUUAGUGUUGAAUAUAUUUUUAUAUAAACAUAGUACAUUUGUAUCCUAUCAUGAUGUGCAUAUAAUUCAGGGACGUCUCUACUAUCUGUUGACUGUUGGUGGUUUUUGCUUUUAUGUUGAGUAUUAUAAAACCAUGCAUGAUGGUUUAUAAUUGUCUAUCUUUUCAUUUGAGCAUACAAUGGAAGGAGAGGAAAUACCAUGUUGUAAAAUUUUUUUUCUUUUCAUCUUACUGUCACUGAACUAGCCUGUUUCCACAUGAAAGUACGAUCUGAAUCUAAAUAAUUACCACUUUCUUGCUUUGCUGCUGCCUCCAUGGUCUUGUGAAGAAAGUAAACAUGAGUUGAUCUUUUUCUGUGUCUGGUACAAAAAUCAAUCACUUUGCCAAUUGUGUAUGUAUGUAUGUGGUGGGCACAUCUGGUUAUGUCUUUUGCUCCUGAGGUUGCUCUUGUAAAUUGCAGUGCUCCAGCAGCAUUAAAUAGGAGAUAACUAUUAACUUUUGAUAUGCAUCUUGUAAAACUUUGGUGCUAACCUAUUCAUAGAGCUUAUGCUUACAGAUACCUAAACAGCAAUGGGAAGUGAUGCUUUAGCUAGAAAGUUUGUUGAGCUACCCAGGUUCAUGCAAGGUCAAGAUCUUAAACCCACAAGUUAAUUAAGGUGACAAUUCUACCAGAGGAAACAAUAGUAGUAUUGGAAGAGAAGUGGGAAAGGGCAAGAAACAGAUAGAAGGAUCUCUGUCCUGUAACUGAUUUGCUGGAAAUGUGUUUAACAAAGAAGGAAAAGAAGGAAAGUAAAAUUUUGGAAAAAGCAGAUGUGAAUUAAUUGCCUUGGCAUGUUUUAAUGAUGGAGAAAGAUGGGAAUAUGCACAUCUGUAAUAUUUUGCAGAUUGUACUAUUGUAUUUGACAGAAAUGCAUGUGUACAUGGUAAACUGUAGUUUUUUCCAAUGUUUAAGAGAAAAGAUUCUCCUUUUCUGAUCUCAAUGAUGGCAAUAUAUACCAUCACAGGCCUUCUCAUCUUUCUCAACUGAACACAAGGUAUGUCUGUUCUUUCCAGUAAAUACUUCCAUUAUUUUUUUAUACUAAUAUGGUAGCUCUAGACUGAUACUUGUAUUCCUACUGGUUUAGAUGCUGGAAAACUCAGCCUUCAACUGGAUUUUCUUGAGUUUGUUCUGCUUUUAAGAUGAUUUCUUUUGUUACUUAUCAUAUGUACGUUUAACAUGUCGUUAGUGUUCCUGCUCACGCUUGAGAAUGAAAAAUAUGUUUCUAUUUUAAUAAAUUUUAAAAAUAUUUCUCUAAAAAUUGCCAAAUGUGAAAACAUUUAAUCAUUACCUCCUAUAUUUAAAUAAUAGAGUGAUUUAAGAUUGUCACAAUGACUUCAUCUUCAGAAAUAAGUUCACCAUUAAAAAAAUUAAUAUUUACUUAAAGCCACGCCUUGCCUUUGAAAGACAGAACAAUUUGAAGUAGCAUAAGCUUUACUACUGCAAAGAACUCCACAAACUUGCUCGUGUUACCUUAAUAAAUAUAUUUUAUAUAGUUGCCAGUCAGGCUAUUGAAAUUGCUUUUGUGGAUUUACUUAGCGUUUAUAUUUUGCACCCACCUUAAUUAGGUCUUACAUGUCUCACCAUUUUUAUCAAGAUCUAAAGCAACUACUACACCUAGAAAAUAUUGGUUUUAUUCUGUGACAAUAACUGGUGCUAUACAAGAACUUAGAAGUCAUUUUGUAUCUUCUGCAUAAUGCUUCAGUGUGUCAGGCUUAUUGUUGUUAUAAAUGCAUAGUAUGGAGGUAUGGUACUACUUUGGGAUGUUUUCAUCAAACAAAUAUUGAAGUUUUUGUAUUUAGACAUCACUGUACAACCACAAGUGUAAGUAUCUACUGGGGUAGGUGCGGAAAAUCACCUUUGCAAGGAAACCAGACUGCUUUUGUCAUCUUAUUUACAUCUUAAUUACAUAACACGGAUUUCUCAAUAAAGUUAUGUCUAGCAUCUAAUGGUACUGCUUAUUUAUAACUAACGUGCAGCAGGAUUUGAGCUAAACUUUUCCAUCUCUGAGUGGAAUGUCCCUUUAAAAGAAAGCACAGAUCAUAACAUGUGAAAACAGCAUUUGGUUUUCAGACAAAUGACCUGUAGAGUUUCUUCAGUGAAAUAUUCUCCAUGGGAGCCUUUCCAGUUCCUUGCGUUCAUUCCUCUGCAUUGGUGCUCUUUCUGUGUACCUUUGCAGGUCUCUUUUCCCAGGGUCCCUGGGUUUUUCAGGACUCCUGCAAGAGUGCUGGGAACUGUGUCCUAGUCUCACAGUAGCUGCAUUGGAAAACAGGUUUCCAGGAUCCACAGUUCCAACUUUCAGAAGCCUGUCAGGAAACGUGGAUGGAUUCUCUUGAUUCCCAGGAAGUAUUCUAUAGAAGGCCAGACCAAGUAACUGGAAAAUAUUUCAUGAAUCACCAUUGAUUCAUGAUUCCGGCAAGUUUCUUUCCUUGAAAAAUCUUCAACCAAUUCUAUACUUUGCUUUUAUGGUUUUUUCUAUUCUUUCUCAGUUGGAUUUGUUUCAUAAGCGUUACUCAGACACAUAACUUCUCAGUGAGUGAUUUGCAGAUGAUUAGAACGUUAAGAAAUCUGUUUCUAAAUAACAAAUGAAUAAACUACAAUUUGAAGAGAAGGAAGCUAACAGUCCUUCAGGGAUAGGCAUGUGGGUUGUUGUUUCAGUCCUCAAUACAGCAGUGAUAGAGAGAUUGUAGAUAAAUGAUUUUCCUUUCUCAUAGAUGCUUAAAUGCAAUCCAGUAUGUAUUCAUCCUUACAAUGCAAAAACUUACUGCAUUCUGUUUAAAGUUUUAAGUUUCUGUUUAAAGAAAAAAAGGCAAGAAGACCUGAGAUGUACAAUGAGAGAGCCCUAUAUGACAGAAGGUAAUUAUUUUGCUCUAUUUGGCACUUGUGGACAUCAGCAGGAAUAGCUUACCAUCUAAACACUGUAUUUAAGAAACAUACAUGCUAAACAAAAAAGACUAGAGGAUAGCAAUAAGAAUAGUAUUUUUUUUUUAAAUGCAGAGUAAAAGAAUUAGACCUUGAAAAAGCUAUGUUGAGUAGGAUUCAGUGUGUGUGAAAUGUUGCUGUAAAAAGUUUUUUGUAGCAAAGGACAGAACUAGUUUUCUCUAUGCUCUGUGAAGUUUAAGGCAAGGAGUAUUGAUUUUGAAGCAGUGUUGAUUCUGUUUCAGUUUUUACAUUGGGAAGUGUCUUGUUGAGCUCUGGAAUAGGGUACCCAUCUGUAGGAUCCCUUUUCCUGUGGACUUAUGAGAACAGCUCAGAUCAAAUUGUAAUGAGUGCACACACACACACACAUCCUCUUGUUCCUGUGCCUGAGAGUGCAGAGGGGCUCAGCAUGAUCUUCAGUCCUUUCUGUGUUUUCUGUCAAGUAGAUUGGACCAAAAUUCAAAUAUUUACUUGCAGUGGGGCAAUGUUUUUUGUCUAAUUAUUACUUUUGUCACACCCUAGUCACAAACUUUCAAGGUUUUUAUUACUAUUUUUUCACAGAAUAGAAUAGACAUGGGCAGAAUGUACAUUACUUAAACUCGUGCAGGCGACGUUAUGGAGGAAUACAACAUUUUCAUUACAUAGAUAUGUUAAUGCAGUGGGAAAGUGGCUUAAUUCUAAAAGCAGGAGAGAGGCAAAAGCCCUCCGUGUGCAUCCGUAUGCUCAGGGAAAGUGGAAAGCAAGCUCUGUCGGUUUUCCCUCACUGCCGGGAAAGCCACUGCCUCGACUAAACUUCAGCUUUUCUCCUUCCCUAGUGCGGCAGUUUCCUGCAUGUGAAGUCUUAACUAUAACCAGGAGGUGGCACAAGAGAGCCUUGCAACAUUUUAUGCUGUACGCGCCUCACUGUAAGCAAAAGUAUAGUGAGAAGUGAUUCGCUUUCCAGGUGACUAUGCAAAAUCUGCCCGUUAGAAGCCGGCAAACAUAAAAUAGCAGAAGCUUUUUGCAUCCCGUUUGUAAAACGAACAUAUGUGUACCUGCUCCCUUUAAUCCUCUAUCUUUUGAAUCUUAGUUUCCUACCUUUGAUUUGUGAAGCCUGUCAAAGGAAGUAAAUUAGUUUGCUUGGGGAAAACACAGACACUGAAUCACGUAUUGAGAGUGUAGAGUUAAGCAUCUUACCUAACAGUAUUCCUGCCCUCCCCCACUACAUGCUCACUUUUCCCUUAUUGUUAAGCUCAGAAAGAGUGUCAGGAUGGCUGUGCUCCCCUGCUUGGAUGUGCAGUAGAUGGAGAGGGUCAGUUGUCCUCUGUUGCUAUGGUUCUGAAUUAUUAUAGGGUUAAAGUUUUCUUCCUCAGCUAAUAGUAACCUUUACAGAGUACUUGAUGUAAGCGAUUGGAAUAAAGAAAAUAGGAAGAAACAGUAUAAUGUGAGAAAGACAGAAAAGGGGAAAGAAUAAUUAGAAAUACAAAAAAUGGAGAAGAGCUUUGAAACCUGUUUUUGAAAUAGGUAACAUUUUUUGCCAUUAAUAUAAAGAGGCUGGUUUUGGAACAGUACAAUUAUCUGAUUUGUGUUAGGUGAAUAAAGAGCCAGUAAAAUAUUUUCACUGCUCAGAUCUACACAGUUUUGUCCAGAUGACCCAGGGAAUCCAGCUGUGAUGUACUGUUUCCCUGCUGACAUUGUCAUGCUCAAAUGCUAGCUCUAAAAAUAGAUUAUGCGAUAGCUGAAAGUGAAAGGUUUCUUUCUGGAAGUGAUAGUACAGCUAUAUUUCUUGAGGAGGAAUUUGUAAGAAACAAAAAGUGAAAAUAGUGCGUGAAAUGUUCAACUGUCAGCUUUAUAUUAAACAAGUUGUUAAAUUUAAUUUCAGAAGCUGCCAUCAUGGGAACAUUUAUUCUUCAGCUAAGACUAACAAAGAAAAAGUCCUUGAUGUAACACACCUGAAGAAGCCUCACAGAAUUUUACAAGAUUUUAAGGUGUUUCAGUGUGGUGUUGUUUGGUUUUUUUUUUGUGGUCUUGAUCAGACUGUCAGUCCAAGUGACCUGAAUAAUUGUAAAAAACAGUGGGACUCAUGUGAACUUUAUAUAUAUGCAUUAUUCUGCAUAGGUAUAUUUUGUAUUCCUGAAGGCGAUUUUGCAUGUCUGAAACUUGGCUGCUUUUCAACUCUAGUAGCUUUUUUUUUUUAAUAGUUAAUAAUAAUAAUGAUGGUAAAUAUUUUGCUGGUAACCCUGCCUCUGUAGCAACGCAGUACACUUUUAAAUACAGUUCUGAUUUGUAACAAUUUUGAAUUUGUUUUUAAUCUGGCUAAAUUGGGUAAUAGCUUACUAAAACCAAUCUAGAUAAGUGUUUUCUUCCAGCAGAACUUGUAUUUUUAAAGUGAUUUCACUGGCUGUUCAGCUGCUGGUAGCAGCCUUAUGGUAGAGGGGUCAUGAGAACUCCCAGCAUUUUGAGCACUGUGUUAAUUUAUAUCAGUUCCAAGCACAAAGAGGAAUUUAAUUUUCAUCUAUGCCUUGUCAGUCUGUUUAUUCCAGGCUUUCCUGGCAUUUCUACACAUGUAUUUUUCAUUUUCAUUCCUCAUGGAAAAAAAAUAGCUCUUCUUCUGUCAGGGAGGAAAGAUAUAGUAAUUGAUGAUAAAGAGGUUGCUUAGAGGCCACUUAUAAUGGUUUUAAGUCCUAAAGAGUGAUUUCUCAGAGAUAGCAGUGGUUGAAUGAACAUGCCAAGAAUAAGACCACAUACAUGGCACAGAAUCUGCCAGAAGCCCUUGCUUCACUGGGCAUCCCUCGGAAGGAAUUAUGCAUGCCCAUAGAUGAACACACAGAUGAAUCCUGCAUUGUCCUUAGCUGCCUUUUUACUGCUUUAUUGCAUCACCAUCCCACUACUCCUAAUGACCAUGUGCUCACUCUACACCAGUCUCACAGGACUCUCCAUUGUAAUAAUAAAGAGUAACCUACUCUUAGAAAAUAGCAGCUCCUUUGGCCUUCUACACCUUUGCUGCAGCAAGGCAAAAUGCUGGCAGCCUCGUCCAGUACCACUUCUGAAGGUACCUGGAAGCCUUCAGUUACUUUCCCUUCAGUUCUUUCAAAGCUUCAGCAGGAAGUAGAUGUCUCAGAGCACAGAUUACUCAGCUGGCUCAGUAGUGCAGAAUUGGCCUUUGUAUUGGAAGAUGUGGAAAAGCAAUUAGUGCUCAAAGUCUGGGCUGCUAUCCCAAAAUAUCUGCUAUCAGCUGUAUAGUAGGCAUCCAGGUAGGACUGCCCUGCUCUGCAGAAGCUCCUUAGCCUGAGACCAGAGUCAUGUUAACACAUUUCUGCAGGGCUGCCUUGUAUAAGCACUGUUAUCUCAGUCCCAUCCUAUUCCAGCCAAAACUCUACAAGCCAUAACAUGGCCUCUUUGACUGCAGUGUCUGCUUGCAAAAAAUACAGUGGUCUGUAUCAAGUGACAAUUCUCAUCUCACCAUGGCUUCCCUGAAUGCUAAAAUGUUUUCUAGGAAAUAGAGCUGUGGUUACAUUAACUAUGACCAGAGAAGUGAAUGCUGAGUCCAAGGAGGACUGGCAGAAUAACAGAACAAGCAAUCAGACCGGCAGCAGAGCACUGGGUUUGUGUGCAGGUGGCAGUGGAUGGGUAUAAGGCAGAAGCCUGCAACACUGGUGGGCAGAUCAAACCUGCAGUCACAAUUUCUGGAGGUGAGCUGAUGUCAUGCAGGGCUGGGAUGGCAGUUACCAAUGGCAAAUUUGUGUUCACCCUUGGUUUUUGCAUGGGAAGGGAGGAUCAAAAGGGGAGGGAAUUCGUGGUUACCCUGCAGUGAAAAUAAAUGUCCUUAAGGCACUGGAAAUCAUUUGUCAGUGUACUGCUGAGGCAUUACUGUAACAGCCAAGUGUUCCUAAUGUACACAAAACCCAAAAUGGAUGGGAGCACUUCUGAAUAGCACGCAUAAGGUGGUAAAGGAAACGAUAUGGAGAGUGAGAUAGCAGAGAACCCUGUGUGACCUGUAUAGCUGGAAAGAUUGGGCAAGGGAAAUAUGGCAAGAAUUCUGUAACCUGAAUAGAGCUAAUUCUAAAGAAUGAUUGUCUUUUUCUGAUUCUUUAGUUCAGAAAACUGAAUAUAAGCAGCCAGGAGCCGGCCCGUACAACUCAACAGCCUUGGCAUUUACUUCUUACUGGUUCACAACUUUUUCUUCCAGCCCCCUCUCUCAGCGGCUGCUCUCCAGCACGGGCUGUUUGGGGAGCACAGUGCUCAGGCCAGAGAACAGCAGGCUCAGAAAAUCCGUUUAGACAGUGGCUCGUCCGCUUGAAAUAAAAAAAAAAAAAAAAAAGCCGUCUCUCGAAGACCCGCCGAGCCUGGGGGAGCGGGUCCCUGCGCGCUUCCCCGGGGUACAUUCCCCAGAGCCAUUUGAGGCCGCUCAGCACCAUAAAUGCCAUUUGCAUCGGGAUAGGAUGCAACAAGAGCUGUAAAUCACUGACUGCGGAGCGAACACCUCCAGGGACAGACACGGCGGAGCCGGGCCUCCUCGAGCUGUGGCAAUGUGUGAACGGUAUCUUUUGUUGGGGGGGGGACUGAUGGCAAUUAGAUGAUACUUAUCUGGCUCUUUGAUGUGUAUUUACACAAACAACGUUUUUCCUCCGGGACUUGAGGUAUAAAGGAGUCGUGCUUCUCCACACUAUCCUUAUCGGCAGCUCCAAAACGCAGCAGGAUGACCAAGGCCCCAUUCUCUGUGGAGUGGCUAUCCCAGAGCAGCCAGGCCCCCAAGAGUCCCACCCAGGGCACGCCGCGCCGAGCAUCGCCCUCGACAGCCGGCCGCCGGCCCGCUUCAGGUUCCAGACCCGGAAUGAGCGAACGGAGCAAGGAGAAAGUCGCCGGGAAAGGCAGCAGGAGCAACAGGGAGCCUUCAGCAACACCCCCCGCUGCAGGUGCAGAGGGGCAACCCUCAGAGGAGCGGGGCCGCGAGUGCUCGUGCCCCGAGGAGCCGAGGGGCGGUAGGCGGCUGCGCACGGCGUUCAGCGCCGAGCAGAUCAGCACCCUGGAGAGUUCCUUCCAGAGGCACCGGUACCUGGGCGCCGCCGAGCGCCGCAAGCUGGCGAGCAGGAUGCGGCUCUCCGAGGUGCAGAUCAAGACCUGGUUUCAGAACCGCCGAAUGAAGCUCAAGAGGCAACUGCAGGAGUUGAGGCCGGAGCCUUUCUGCACUCCACCUCUCCCUUUCGGACCUCAGGUGUCCCUACCACUCACCUACGUGGCCCGACCGCCGCCUCUACCCGGGCAUGAGGCUGCCCCGGGGAGCUUUGCCUUGGCAGCGUUGCCAGCACCCGCUCUGGAUGUCAGCAGCGCCUGCAGAGCACAGCCUGUCGGCUUCUGGGCAGCACCCUGCUUUGUAGGGUACAGGGAUCCUAGGGCUUUCUUGCUGAGUGUCUGACCCGGCUGUAUGGACCAUGACUAAGGAGAAUUUGCACUAAUGAUAACUAUAUCUGGGCUGCCCCUGCCUGCAUCUGCCUGCUGGAGUUCUGGUGCAGCAAUGAGCAAGGCACUGAUCGAUGAUCCAGAUCAUGGACUUCAGGCCAAGCUACCCAGCAACGUUCAAACAUAGUGGGGUAAAUGGUAUUAUAUAUGGAAUCACCUAACAAACUUAACAUUUUUUCAGCUUUCAUACGAAUUUGUCACAAGGACUGCAGAACUACUUAUCCUGCCCUGAAAAAGCUCCUCCCCAUUAAAUGAAGCACAGUUCUUAUUCUCUAGAUCUGCCCUGGCCCUAAUACAGAAAGAAUAAUCUUUCUUGUGUUGUACCUUGCAAUUUACUGAGGAUACAUACAAAAAGCAUGAAUUUCCCCCAUUCCCUUUAACAGCUGUCCCAAUCUCAGCUGCUUCCCAUAUGGCACUUCAGGAGGCAGCUGUGCUUUUAACAAGACAUGCAGAUGUAUCUGGAACUAGUUACCAAUAUUUAUUACUGGGCCUGCAAUGACAGCAGAAUUUGUACUGCGGACCUCAAAAUAACAUAUAUAGAGUAUGAUUUUUAGGAUAUAAAAAGUGACUUUCUAUAAAAAUAUGAACAUACCUUAUCAGAAUUUCAUGGGUGGCCUCAGUGGGUUAACGAGGUCCUACUGGAAAGAUGCUGGAUCUUGGGAUCUGGCCUUGCAACACACACACUUGGUCUCAGUCCUGCAUGCGCUUAAUGGGGUAUGAGGGUGAUUAUUAAAAGAAAUGCAACAUUUCAAAGCUAUUUUUUCACUAAAUGGCAGUAAAAUUUGUUACCAUUGUGCUGUGCACUUUUUGUUUGAAUAAUGCUCAUGAUUUGAUAUCUGAUUUGAUUAAAAUGGUCUGAUUUCAGGCUAGAGAAAGGGCUAUAAAAAAUGAUCCUUGACUGUUGUCAUGAAUCUUUCAAAGAUGAUUGUGAGCUAACAUGAAAAGCGAAAUAAACAUUUCCAUCACUUCA